CUAACCACCACAUGCCGCCUACAUCCGAAAGCACUGCAUCAAGACGCCGCCCAUAUCAACCAAAUCGCGACUGCUCUACACGCAUCAAACAUCGCAUCCGUCCGAAAUCCUACACGAGACUCCGCAAUAUUGAGUACCGUAACCCAUCAGCCCGCUACCGAAUCACCGAAUCACUGAUCAAGUAUAUCUAAAUUUCCACUCGUGGCAUCUCGGGGUAUCAUCAUCAAAGCAACUAUAAAUACCCUGCUAUUUCCCCUCUACAUACGACACACGCCCACCUUAUCCCCAAACCACGCACCUACCCCAUCGCCCAGCUCGCCCGCUACUCAGCCAACCACCCAAAACAUGUCCCUCACUAAAUCUAAACCCACCAUCCUCUUCGUCCCCGGCGCGUGGCACCUCCCCUCCUGCUACGACCUCGUCUCUGCGCCCCUCUCUGCCGCCGGCUACUCCACCGUUUCCGUUGCCCUACCAUCGAACUCACACAAUCCUGUCCCCUCCUUCGAGCCCGACAUAUCCGCCAUCCGGGCUGCGCUCGCGCCGCUCGUGGAAGCAGGGAAAGACGUUGUCGUCGUCGCGCACAGCUACGGCAGCGUGCCCGCCAACGAAGCCAUCAAGGGAUUGACGCGCCGCGAGCGGGAAGCGCGAGGGGAGCAAGGCGGAGUCGUGCAUUACGUGUUUCUCUCGGCGUUCAUCACGCCGGUGGGCGUCUCGCUCAUGGACGCCCUCCAAAACAAAGACCUGCCGUGGUUCAUCGUCCAGGAGGACAAGACGCUCGUGCGUCCCGAUAACCCUCGCGAGAUUUUCUACGGGGAUUUAAGUGACGACGAGGCGAAGAAGUGGGAAGAGAGGCUGGUGCCGUUUAGCUAUCAGUGCUACUUUGGGAAGACAGAGUUUGCGGCAUAUAGGGAGGUGGAGAGUACGUUUGUUUUUUGUACCGAAGACAGGGCGAUCCCGAUUCAAGUGCAGGAGGGGAUGGUAGCUGCGGCGGAGCAACAGCGAGCCAAGUUUGGGAGGGUGGUCUUGGAAGGGAGUAGUCAUAGUCCGAUGUUGAGUCGGCCGGGCGAGGUUGUUGAGGUGAUUAAGAGGGUGUCGGAAGGACUUGGCGUAUGAGGAGAGCUUGCGUAGGUAUCAUAGGCAUCUCAAGAACGUGAGGUGCUACUUGAAGAGAACUGCGUCAUAUCCAAGCUAUGGAACGAGCUAAAUCUCCAAGGUGUAUAGUUUGUACAAUCCGGAGCAGACUUCCUGUAUAUUGAGCGUGCUGCACGUCACACGAUAAACAGGACUGUGCCGUACGAGGUUUUUCGGGUUUCUGUGAAGGCUCAAUGGAGCCUGUUAUGCGGCGGGAGAGAUAUGCAAUCAUUACAGUUUUAUGGGAC